AUGGAGAGUGGACUGGCUGCCAGCACUGGAAGCCUCAAGGCGACUGGCAAAGCCAAAAGUGUAAGCCUUGAUGGUUCAAGGGGUGCCCCUUUGAUGAUGAAUGCAGCGCCCAAGACGCCAGGAGGACGUGCCUCGAAGCAGACUCCAAUCAUUCCAUCAAAGGAUGUUUCUCCGGAGCAGCUCCAGCUCUUCGUGUUUCCUUCCAGCCUCGAGCAUCCGGAGUCUACGGGCCGCCUGGAACUUUUCGCGUACUAUGGCCCCGUGGAUGAGGCUGGGAAGUUAAGAGGUGGAAUUGGAGGCUCACACAUCCACACGGAUCUGGAGAUUAGACAGAUGAUUCAUCACCAGACGCGCGAGAUGCUCUUCACCCUCUUCAAGAAGCCCAGGGAGACUGUCGAGGUCAUUGUCGACGGUUUAAUGCCAGCAGCGAUGGCAUACAACUACACGUGGAGCGAGGUGAAGCAGCUCUUAAAGCCUUGCUUCAAUGAGAUGGGUAGCAAUGGCGGAAAGCUGCACUUCGCGCACAUGCAGAAGAUAAUUCUGAAGAGCCAAAAAGAACGGCUGCAGGCUUUGCUCAAGGAUAAGAACGCUGCAUUUAAGGAGCGUGGACCCAAGGUCCCCUUCCAGUCAAAGCCCCAGCACGCGCUCCUGGCACCCAUCGCCAAGAAGCAGUUGAACUCCUGCGAGGAGCAGCUUUGGAGGCGGACGCGGCUUCAGAGAAACUGCACCAAAGUGGCGGAAAUGGAGGACCAAAACCUACAGGAUCAGCUGGUCUCGAAUGUCAUACUUUGCCGAAAUCCUGGCGACGUCGACGACAGAUGGGACCGCUAUUGUGCCGUUAGACGUGUGGGCAAGGCCACCUAUGUGAAGGCUAGAAACCUGCCUCACAGCGGCUAUGCUUCCAUGGACGAUGGCUUGUCUGACAAACACCCAGGCGUGUCUUCCCUGAUUUCUGCGGGCUACGCCAAGGGGCCGAUUCUUUGA